AUGCAGAUGACAUGAUUAAGAAGAAGCACCACCACCACCUGUUCCACCACCACAAGGACGGCGAAGAGAAGCCUGUAGAUGCCGGCUAUGGCGGCCAAAAUCCUUCGGGCGGAUAUGGUGAGAAUCCUGAAAGUGGCUAUGGAGGUCAGUCUCUUGAGGAGGAUUACAAGAAGGAAGAGAAGCAUCAUAAGCAUCUUGAGCAUCUUGGUGAGCUUGGUGCUGCAGCUACUGGUGUUUAUGCUCUGCAUGAGAAGCACAAGGCGGAGAAAGACCCAGAGCAUGCACACAAGCACAAGAUAGAAGAGGAGAUUGCCGCCGCCGCCGCUGUCGGAUCCGGUGGCCUUGCCUUCCAUGAGCAUCACGAGAAGAAGGAAGCCAAGGAAGCCGACGAGGAGGCUCAUGGCAAGAAGCACCACCAUCUCUUUGGCUAAACAUUAAAUAUAUAUAUAUAUAAGCACACAGACUGCUGAAGCAUCACCGUUACCUAUCUGCUUUGUUAUGUAUAAUUAUGUGUUGUGUUUCCUUUUUUAUGGUUUCUGCGAAUAACUUUUGAGUGAGUUUGGGGACAGGCUUUUCUUACUGGGUGUGUUGCUUCAUGUAUCUGUGUGCUGCAGGUGAAUUAUCAAUAAUAAAUGAAAGUAAAUUAAUUUGAGAUGA